CUCCACCAAUUCCCCUUCGUCUUCCCGCUUCCAACCGCAACCGCAAGCCGCCGCACCGCAUCUGCCGACGAAACCCUAACCCUAGGCACAGCGCCGCGCCUUCAACACCCCCCACGAGCUCCCAUGGCGGAGCGCGCCUAGGAUGAGCGUAGCAGCCCGCGCCGGACGGAUGGAUUGAGCUGGUCUGGAGGCCAUGGGUCCUAACCCUAGCCUGGAGAUGCUGGCCGCCGCGGCGGAGGAGGCGGCGGCGGUGGCGCCGCCGAGGGGGCGCGUGGUGCGGAUCCUCGUGCACGACUCCGACGCCACCGACUCGUCCUCGAGCGAGGACGAGGCGCCACCGUCUUCUUCCCCGAAGCGGCAGCUUGGGGAGGCGGCAGCGGCGGGGAGGAGGAGGAAGAAGCGGCGCGUGAUGGAGGCCGGCAGGAGGGACGCGGAGAACUGGACGAGGCCCGCGGCGACGUAUCGCGGCGUGCGCCAGCGGCGCUGGGGGAAGUUUGCCGCGGAGAUCCGCGACCCGAACCAGCGCCGCCGCCUGUGGCUGGGCACCUUCGACACCGCCGAGGAGGCCGCGGCAGCCUAUGACGCCGCCAAAAUCCGCAUCUCCGGGAACAGGGUCUCCAAAAUCCGCAUCUCAGGGAGCAGCGCCCCAGCUAACUUCCCUUCCGCCCCCUGCUCACCGCCACGGAAGUCUUACAAGCCGAUCAUGUUGCCACCGUCACCGGAGCCUACCAAGCUAUCGCCACUGCCUCUGAAGCCUGCUGAGCCCACCAUACCACCACCGCCACUACCAGCUUUGCCGUUUGCCCUCCCACUGAAGCUGAGGCUGAAGCUUUCCUUGCAUUCACAGGUGAAGGUGGAGCCUGAUUGCUUUGCAGGGGAGGUGCAGCAGGAAGGUAGGAGCUGUGCUGGUAAGGUGCAGGAGGAGGUCAGGAACUGUGGACGCAAGGUGAAGGAAGAGGGCGAUAGCCAUGAAGUCCAGGCCGUCAAGCCGAUGUGGGCGAUGAUCAACGGGAAGCGAAAGAAGCGAUCAGGCUGUGGUACCCGUGUUCGUGCCCUCCAUGCCACCUCUGUCUGCGUUGAGGAAGUUGGCGGGACCUGAGGGUCCUAUUAUCCGUAAUUACUAUCAUUAGCAGCUUUACUAUUCUGCCUAGUGUCAUUACAACUUGGUAUUUUGUAUUUUGUUAGUAUUAAACCGUUGUUGUGAAAACUUAUGACUGCUCGUGAUAUGAUUUGGUGAUGAUUUGUUGUAUAUACAUCCCGGUAUAUGAUUAAUAGUCAAUGUGAAGUAUGCUGUGCCGGUUGGAUGUGCAAGGAAAUUGAUGUACUGUAUCCAAACUAAAACCUUUUAACUUCGUAUGUUGCUGUCAUCUUGGAUCAA